AUGGGUUUAUACGAAAAUUUUUCCUUCGAGGAACGACAGCAGAGAGUGACCAGGGAAGCAAAAACAAGCAAUGUUAGUCACAAUGGCAAUGGGGAAGUUCAAGCAACGGGAACCACUCUCCCAGUUAGCAAUAAUGAACUGUACGACAUCAAAGCUGUUCCUGGGAGGGGAUUUGGCUGCUUUGCUACCGCAAAAAUCCCGAAAGGCACACGAAUAAUCCUCGAGGAGCCCCUUUUUACGGUCCCCAGCACGACGGAGAAUUUAGAAUCUGUGGAAAGAACAAUUCUCAAAGCACUGAAGGCUCUGAGUAAAGAGAAGCAGCAAUCAUUCUUUUCGCUCCACAAUGCCCAUAAAGGCAGAUGCAGUCCCGUGACUGGCACCAUCAAAACAAAUGCUAUGCCAUUUGGCGCAAGAGGGGCAGAGGGUGCUAUAUUUCCCCAGGCUGCACGUAUCAACCACUCGUGCCAACCGAAUACACAAAAUACGUGGAAUCGUAACCUGGGAAAACUUACGAUCCAGGCAUUUAAAGAUAUCGACAAGGGAGAAGAAAUUACAAUUGCAUACGUCGACUGUACGGAAUUAUAUGACACUCGCCAGGAAUGUUUUGAGAAUGCUUUUGGCUUCAGAUGCAGAUGUGAAGUCUGCGCGAUUCCCGCGGAAGCGACUAAGAAGAGAGAUGAUCGUCUGGAGGAGAUUGCUCGGUUGGAUCUUGUGCUAGGAAGUGGAAGACGAUUGAUGUCGAAGCCGGAUGAUUGUCUUCAAGACGCAUAUACCCUUUUCCGGAUGCUCGUAGACGAAGGUAUAGCUGGUUCGAGGAUUGCGCGAGUCUACAAUGAUGCACUGCAGAUUACAAUAGCACACGGCGACCGGGCGAGGGCAAAGGUCUUUGCUCAAAGAGCGUAUGAAGGGAGGUUACUUCUGGAGGGCGAAGAUAGUCCGGAGACGAUGAGGUUAAAAGCCUUGGCUGAGAACCCGUCCAGCCACAUGUGGUUUGAGGCGACGAAGAUGUGGGAACAACCUCACACGGCGAUCCCGAAGGAUUUAGGAGGGAUGGAUUUUGAGGAUUGGCUUUGGAAACAGAAGAGUUGGAAGACAUAA